GCACCCUACGUUCAAUUUAAUAAGACUUGAAGUCUAUUUGUCAUGCCAACGAAGCAGAGCAUCACACUCGAGUUAUUACAAGUUCACAAGUGAGCCAUAAGAAAUCCUCCAUGUUUUUAACAAAACGGCUUGGUGGUAAAUGCAUUGAAAAUAAUGGCCAACUUUAGCUUCCCUUGUUUCAAAUUUUCUAACUGGGUUAGGCUUGGUCAAAUAACUGGCCCCCAGUUUACAGUAGUCACAGUCUUGAAUGGAAUCACUUUUCUUCCCGCCAUCGUCCUGAACGUUUUAGUCCUCGUCUCAAUAUGGCGGACGUCGGCACUUCACACGCCUGCGAUGGUUUUCUUAGGUAACCUUGCUCUGUCGGAUUUGAUGGUCGGGAGUUUAGCACAGCCAGUUUUCGUCACCUGUUUAGCACUGGAGCUAGACGUUAUGAGAUGGGAAAAAAUGUAUUGCUGGGUCGCCAUUACAGCAGGUUUCCUGACUAUUGUGAUGUGUUUUGUGACUCUAUUCAAUAUCACAGCCGUCGCGUCGGAACGCUACCUCGCUCUGUACCUCCAUUUCAGAUACUGCAGUAUUAUUACUAUGCGUUGGGCUAUACUUUCUUGUUCUCUGUUAUGGAUGAUGGCACUUUUACUUGGGGUACUCUGGGCGACAGGUGGUAUGGAACUUAACAGUAGCCUUAUUUGCGUUCUUGUCGCUGUUUGUAUUGGGAUCAUUAUUCUAUGUUACACUCAAGUUUAUAGAGCUUUGAGGAAACAUCAGUUGCAAAUCCAGGCUCUUAAUAGACCAAGUACAGCAUCGUCUGGUAAUUCUUUGUCCCACAAUGUACACGAAUUCAAACGGUACAGGAAAUCAGGCAUCACUUCAUUGUAUGUGUAUCUUCUGUUUUUGCUUUGCUAUAUUCCCCCCGUUUGUGUGUACAUUUAUCACGAGGUUACACGGGACGCAAUUCGAUUGCCAAAUUUAUUGAAAAUCGCCAUUAGCGUGAUAUUUAUAAACUCUGCAAUCAACCCUAUGAUUUAUUGUUGUAAGCUAAAAGCAAUUCGAAAUUCUGUCUGGCCGAGUCUAACGACAUUGUUCUUAAGCCUGAGAAGCGCAGUCACCUCAUCGUAGACGUGCAGCAGGGAGAUAUUAGAUUUGUGGUGUGUUUUUCAUACUCUUUGGAAAGACGGUGUUAAAGCACUUCAUAGGCAAACUACAAACUCCAAAAAUGCGAAUGGGAUUGGGUAAAAGAAAACGUAAAUGGGAAAGAGAGAGAUGUGAUAAGGAGCUAAAAUCUCAAAAAUCUCAGCUUCCCAUCAUAAAAGUCAACAGCGUGGCUAAGAAUUUUAUCAAAACUACUAGAUUUUAUUUCAUAGUAGAAUAAACGGCUCAUUUUAGCUUCAUAUGUCUACUACAAACUAAGAGUCAGAUCACAUACUGUGAGCUUGGGAUACCUGUGAGUGGGGAUGUGUAUCAGUGAGGCCGAUGGAGAAAGUGUAGUGGAGGGUGGGGGUGGUCCAUCCUCGUCCCCAGGGUCUUCUGGGUAAUUUUCAAUAUGCCGACGUCAUAUUGAAAAUUACCCAGAAGACCCUGGGGACGAGGUUGGGGAUGGGCGAGGGAGAUGAAAAUGCAUGCAGACGGAUUGGGAGAUGUGCAAGGAAGACAAGAAAUGGUGAGGAUGGUGGGUAUGGGUGAGAAGGAAAGAGAGGGGUUAGGAUGAUAAUGAAUGAUGAAAAGGAUGUAGACACGGCCGAAGGAUGAAUGGAAGGGUAAAAAAUAUAAAAUAUUCAAGCAUUUUUUGCAGAUGAUCAUACCUUGUAAACAAUAAAUGUAAAAAUAAUAAUAAUAAAUGACAUCAAAUUCCA